AUCUUAUAUAGUAUAUACAUAGUAACAUACGCUUGGCCGCCAUAUUGUCGUUUGAAUGGUUUUAAAUUGUAAAAGAAAAGAUUCGUGUAUUUUAUUUGACAAAUAUAUUAGUGAUUAAUCACCUAAUCCAAUAAAAAUAUCCACAAUGGACUCCUUAGUUGGUUACGGAAGUGACGAUGAGGUUGAGUCUGAUCGCUACAAUCAUCAACCAUCGACUCAUAUUUUAGGUGAGCAACAGCGGACGUCGGAAGGAAGAUGAUGUGAACUAUGACAAUGUCAACAUGGACUUGAGCGAGGUGGGUUCCCAAGGAGGAGAGUCGGAGCCCGAGCUGCCGCAAGCUGAGCCGCAGGCAUCAGAAAAAUCUUCGCGAGAAGAUAGGCGAGGUUCCAAUGACAGUCGUGAGCGCGAACGUGACCGCGAGCGCUCGCCGGACCGACGCGAGCGGCGCCGCGAACGCGACCGACACGAGCGCGAGCGACGCUCUCCGCGCAGAGACGACAGGCACUACAAGGACAGAACGGAGCGAUGUCGCGGUCCGGAGAGCUCGCGGCGUGGCGGUGACCGGCCGGAGCCUAAGAUGCCAGCACUUAUGGACCUGAAGCCCUACAACGGAGAUAUUCCACAGGACGCGCGCGACGCAGCCUCGCCCAGAUUUGUUGAUCGUGAUCGUCGCGACAGAGAUAGAGAACGCGACCGCGACCGUGACAAUAGACACAGCAGGCGGUCGGAGGAGAGAAGGGGUGGCCGGGAUCGCCUUUCGGAGCGCUCCAGAUCGCGUGGAGCCGCUUUCCCGCCACCGAGUUCUAUUACAAAUGAAAAGCGCGGUUCUCCAUCGGGUGACUACAGGCCGUCCUCUUAUAAAGUUAACAAGAAACUCGAAGUUAUGGAGAAAAUGGGUCUCCAGAUCAAGACUCCGGAUGGGUCCAUGGCGACGGCUCAGCAGCUGCGCGCUGCGGCGGGCGACGCGCCGCACGGCUUGCCUACGUAUUGCAACACCGGAGCCAUCAGCUCUAACAAGAUACUCGACCAGGUGCAAAAGCGCAAGCUUCUAUGGUCCAACAAAGAGAAGAAAGUUGCGGAAGCAGAGGCAGCCAAGUGGAGUGGUGCACGAUUUUCGCAGGAUUCCGAUGGCAAACAAGUCUCUAAGUUUAUGCGUCUUAUGGGCAUCAAAGAUCCUUCUGCAGUUGUAACGGAAACAGUUGACUCUACUGCUGACCCCAACAAAAAGCAAGAAGAACUUUUCCAAGCAAUGCAGGCACAGUACGAGGUUGCACGCGCGACUACGCAUACCAUGCGAGGGGUUGGUCUUGGCUUCCAGCGGGGAAACUUUUAAAACUAACUCUCACCUCACCAGAUGGUGUAAUUUAAAGACUUUUCCAAGUUAAAACUUGCCAGCUACUAAGAUACAUGGCGAAUAAGCCCGUUUAGAGUAUUUUUUUAGCAGGUGUUUUAAAUUAGACUCUUUCUUGAAGUGUCGUCAGAGCAGACUUCAGUGCAAGAAAAGUUUUCGAUUUUAGAGUAUAGUAUAGAGAUUCAUCAUUGGCAGGUGUGUCUUGGAGUAGUACUAUUUAAAAUACAUAAUCAGAUCAAUUGCAAUCUAAAGACUCCUAGUUCAUUUUUCAAUAUCACGGGUAUUGUCUUUGUUUAAUGAUUGUUUCUUGUUAUAACAUUUUUUUUUAACUUAACUAUUUCAUUCUCUUGUAAAUAUAUGUAACUUUAGAUGUUUUAAACAGAAUUGUAUUUUGAUAAUUAUCAUAAUAUAAUUAAACGAAAGUGUUCUGUUAAGCACUUUUUAUUAGAACUGAUGGUUAGUUUUAACUUUAACUGAUAUUUGUUUUAUUUUAUCAAUAAUAAUACUAUUCUUACACAAUGUUAAGUGCAAUGUGGCUAUAUAUUCACUUUACAGUCACAAAACUCACAAACAUCUGAUUGUAAUAUUUAUAAUUUCUGUAAGAUCUGGAUUAAUAUUUUAAUGCUGGAAAAUGUAAAUUUAACUAAAAUUUUAUAAUUUCCAAAGAAUAUUAAUUCAACUAAAAAAUAAUGAAUGUUGAAACAUUCAAUCUUUUAUUUUAGUAUUAACUAUUGGUACAUUAUUAUAACAUAUAUCAUAAAAAUAGUCAUAAAGCAAUCACAUUAUUACUAUAUACUGAAAUAAUAUCUAAUAAUUCACAGACUUUAGUAUUUCGCGACAGAAAAGAGAGUGAAUAUUUUUCAUUUUAGUUUUUACAUCAAACAUGCAUGAGUAUGGUCUACAUUUAUUUAUCUUUAAAAUUUCAACUGCUUUAAGCUCUCUGUGCAAGUUAAAACUUCCAAUCUGAAAUACUUGUGGUAUGUAAUAUUGUAUGGUUAAUGGAUGUGUAAUACUUUUAAUUUCAUGAGAUAACAUAUAUCAGGCGUCAUUGUGGAUAAAUGUAUGUUAGUGAAAAUGUAAUUUAAAAUUUCAAAGGCUUUGUGUGAUAUAAAUCAUAUUUCUAUUGUGUUUGCAAAAGUAGUGAGCAAUGUUCUCGUGUAUAGCAUUAUGUACUUCGUAGUCGAAUAGUGUUUUCAUAAGUUAUCUGUUUCCUUAACUACUAGUAAUGAUCACUACUUUUACAAAUUGUAUAUAAAUAAAUAUAAUUGUAUAAUAAA